ACUUGGAUGCGAACACGUUGACUGACUGACAUGUAAACACAGCUGGUCAUGCGAGGCCGGGCGCUGCUCCUGGGAGUGUCGUGCUGCAGGCUCUACAACUGUCGCCUCUACUCCCCACAGUUUCGCAGGAUCUACGACAUGUCGCUCCGGAAGGUCGUGGUGACUCACGAGAGCGAGACGAUGACAGUGGGACUGUCGUUCAGGUAUCAAGAUGAGGGGCGGAAUGUCGACAGAAUUUUCAAUCUGCAGAGGUCGACCCAAGAUGAGUUGGGCAAUACAUUAGCCAGGAUAAGUGGGAAUAUACUGAAAGCUGUCUUUAAGAAAAAGAAAAAUAAGAAGAGCGAGGACUUUAAAUAUGAUGAAAUUCCGGUGAAGAUGCUAAGAGUAGAUAACGAAGAAAGUGUACCGGAAGAUAUGACCUGCUAUGACUCAUUUGUUGUUAAUUCAAAAAGUCACAAUUUGAUAAUAGGAGACAUUCAGUAUGCCAUUGAUUUGAAUCCUCCGGUUGUGAAAACUGUUGAUUUACCAAAAAAUAUGAUGGCAGGAUUUCCUGUGUAUCCAAACAAAUUGGAGGUUGCAUUUGCUGAAAAGGAACAAUGUAUUUUCAAGUGGUUUAAAAGUGAUAUAAAAUUUGAAACGGAUAAAGUUGCUAAUGCACACCUUAAUAAAAUAAAAUGGAUAGAACUUGAACAUGGACUGGCUUGUAGAACUACAUGUGAAGAUGUUGGGAGGUUAUUUAAGGUAGUUGUGACACCAUAUAUGGGAGAAAGAAGGGGAGAAGAUGCUGAAGUGGUGUCAUCAGUACUGGUGUCAGCAGGUCCUGGCGAGUGUCCCUUUGAGCGAAGACACGAGUUCACCAAAAACAUGGCUGGGAAUAACAGUUUGCGUGUCAUCAGCUACAACAUUCUUGCCGAAUUGUAUGCAGAUUCAGACCAUGCACGAAAUAUUUUAUUUUCAUCAUGCCCUCCAUAUGCUCUUGAUUUGGACUACCGUAAGCAGCUCCUUAUCAAAGAAAUAUUAGGUUACAAUGGGGAUCUGAUUUGUUUGCAAGAGGUAGAUGAGAAAGUGUUCAAUCGUGAUUUAUUACCAGCUCUUGGUAGUCAAGGCCUAGAGGGACAUUAUACUGCAAAAGGUGGGCAGGUUACAGAGGGAUGUGCUAUCUUCUGUCGGAAAAACAAACUUAGAAUUUUAGAACAGAAUCGCUUUCUUCUAAGUGCCGAACUACAGAACAACAUAUUGUUUGCUGACAUGUGGGAAGAAGUGCAGACUAGUCCUGAUCUAACUUUAAAGAUGACUCAACGUAGUACAGUUCUGCAGGUAAGCGUGAUUGAGAGUGUGGAAAAUCCAUCAAAGCUGAUUGUAGUGGGCAUUACCCACUUGUACUUCCAUCCGGAUGCUGAUCACAUUCGUCUUCUGCAGGCAGGAAUCUGCAUUAAAUUGCUUCAGCAAGUCCUAUCUCUAUAUGAGACCAAGCAUCCUGAAAAAGAAGUGUCGCUAAUCUUCUGUGGGGACUUCAACAGCACACCUGAAUUUGAGGUGUAUCGACUCAUGACCACCCAGCUUGUUGAUUUUGAUGAUAUAGAUUGGAGUGGCAAAGAAAGUGAGUUCGUGAAAAAUAUUCGGCUGAGUCAUAACCUGGAGCUGGAUAGUGCCUGUGGUUGUCCUCCAUAUACCAACUACACCACUGGCUUCUAUGGCUGCCUAGAUUAUAUUUUCUAUCAGACUGACAAGUUUAUUGUCAAGCAGGUGAUCCCCAUGCCCUCCCAUGAAGAAGUAACUGAACACGUUGCCAUACCAAGUAUUACAUUUCCAUCAGACCACAUUGCAUUGAUUGCUGAUCUUGAAUUCAAAGAGACGUAGGAAUCAGCUUGAUGUGAAUAUUGCUUGACCUUGUGAAAUAUAUUUAUAAUGUUUUGAAGAAAACAAAGGUUAAACAAUUUAAUUUGACUGGAUAAUGAGACAAAAGCCAUUCGGAUCCCAAUGGAAAAGAAUGUAAGACAUUCUUCAACAUAAUUUAUAAGGUAUAUAUUGUUGAUUUUUUUAUUUAGGUUUGCAGUUAUACAUGCACAGUAAUAUUUCACUUAAUAAUACAGUAUAAAAUUAUCUGAUUUUAUUGUAAAAUAUAAGGCGAGAUUGUUUAUUGUAUUUUUAGACCUGAUAUUCUAUUUAUUUUGGAUCCAGUAUAUUGUUGUUAUGCCUGUCAAGUACUUUACCGGUAUUUGUUUUGCCAUCGCUCAUUUCUUUAUGUAGAAUAUGGUAAAAUUAUAUACAUUUAGCUAAAAAAAAAAAAAAAACAUGGGAAAGGCAAAUUUCUGUGGGAGCUCCUUUGGCUCUCUGGAGCUAUCGGUCUAAUAUGCGAAUCAUUAGACCAGAGAACAGUUCAUUUGGAUUUCUCCAAUGGUUCAUUGUCUGAAUCGGGGGGGGGGGGGUCUUUUCGGUCCUUGCCUCUUUGGGGGCUGGUCGUUUCAAGUGGCUAGUCUGCUGGUUCCUCGGGGGUUGGCUCUCCAUGCAGUUCAUAUCCGGGGAGUGGUCCAACGUCCUGGCGGACAACCUGUCUUAGUUCAUUCCCCUGUCCAUGGAGUGAGCGGUAGACGUCGACUCCUUCAGUUGACUCUGCCAGAUGUAUGAACUCCCAGAAGUGGACCUCUUUGCAUUGGUCUCGGCAUCUUCCAAUAUAUGUGGUGCCCUUCCUCGACUGUGAGGCUUUUGCAGUGGAUGCCUUUCAGCAGGACUGGUUGAGGUGGGGUUACCUGUACCUCUUCCCUCCGGUCCAGCUGUUGCUUUGGGUUCUGGCUCGGUUGGAGUUUUUCCACAGGAGAGUAGUCCUCGUGGCCCCUUGGUGCCGGCCCAUCCUUGGUUUCACACACACUGCUUGCUCUGUGUCCGAACCCGGGGCAUUUUUCAUGGGUCCGCCUCUUCCAGCAGGUCGGACUGGUUCGAUACACGGCUGGUUCAGUCUUCUUCUCGGCUCUUCGCUUCUGGUCUUUUUGACAUGGGUUCAUCACCAUUUGUAUGGUGAUCAGGUAGCUUUGUUGAUGGUGUCUCCACCUGAGAGCUGUCUCUCGGCGACAGUAUGAGGUUUCCUUGCGUUCUUUUCACCAUUUUCUCUCUCUUUGUAGAUUGUUUUUUAUUUCUGAUCUAUUUUCUUGUCCUUUCAUUCUUGGCUUUUUACAGGGUCAUCAUUUCAUGUUUAAUAUUGUCACCUGGUAUUGUGCAGAUUUGGCGGAGCCACUCCAGCUUGCGUUCAGGGUGGAUGUUACUUCUGCCCCGUUCCGUAAGCUUUCUCGUGCUUUGUUUCACCUUCGGCCUGCUCAUGCGCCGCCUGAGCCGUCCUGGUCCUUUGACAGGGUGUUCUCCUAUCUAUCAUCUCCUCGGCUCGUGGUGGCCCCUUUGGUUCAAGAUCGUUUUUCCAAUGCUCUGUUUCUGUUGGCUUUUGCCUUUGGGGGUCGGGUAGGUGAGCUUCAUGGUCUCCUCCGGCACACAGGUUUCUGCUGCUUCAUUCCUGGUAGUCAGUUUGUUCGGUUGCAGCCUUCUCCUUCUUUUCUAGCAAAGAAUGAGACAACUGCCUUCCGGAGGGGUCCUUGGUUCAUUAAUGCUUGGUUGGUCAGGCCGGGGGUACAUCAUGUCACUUAAAUGUCAUCAUGUCUUCAACACUCAAUGUAUAUUCUUUAAGCACUUAAAAUUAUGUAAAUGAGGAUGUUGUGUAAUGAAGAUUCAUGAUUUAACUUUAAUAAGUUACAUUAUAUUCAAUGGCUGGUCAUCAUUGAAAAUUGAAUGUGGUUUUAAAGAAUUUAUAUUUCUCAGUCUUCCCAGAAAAUGUUUGACAGUAAUUGUGUGUGUGUUUAGCAUUGCUAUUUGUAUGCUGUUGAUGGGUUUCAGCUGUGUUAAUUUUCCUCCAAUGUUCUCAAUGCAUUUGUUAAACAGAUGAUGUAAUUUUACUUAUUCUAUAUCUGACUGUCAUAAUGGUUUUAUUGUAUUUACUUUUCUACAGAAGUGUUUAGUCUAACUCAGUAUGCAUUUAUUGGAUUCUUGUCCCAAAACACUUUUUUUCUUAUUUUUGUGCAUGUUUUGUUCUCUCAUUUUGACCAUCUGAGUGACUUUUAGGACCUAUUUAAUAUUCUGUAACAGACAGUGCUAAAUACUCUUCCUGGCUUGGUGCCAUCUUUUUAUGAUAAAUAAUUCUUUUAAUCUUUUAUAAUGUGCUGUAUAGUAUUGCAGUCCAUAAAUGAUUUCAAGGAUUAAACUCACUGUGUAGCUGAUACACUUGCCAUCAUCAUGGCUUACCUUUGAUAAUUAUUUCGGCUUCAUGUUGUUUGGAGACAUCCUGGGUGCACCUAUAAUUAUAGUGUAACUAGCAGCUUCAUACAUUUUGUUACACACUGCUGUAUAUGUAAACUACUGUAUACAGUAUUUUACACUAUAUGUAAAUUACUGUAUACAGUACUUACAGGUAAAGUUUCGACAUUGUUUCGACGUGUUUGGAUGGUUUCUCUGUUAACUCGCCCUUCCUUAACUAGGUCCCUCAUGUUGAAUAUUGAAAUGUUUCACUUAUUAAAUGGUUUUUAAGAUUUGAAAGCAUACUUGAAUCAUUUGCAAAGGAAGUCUGGAUACUUGUUUAAGCUGAAGAGGAUGAAAACAGAAUAUCCAGAAACAUAUGCUAGAAGAAAGCAGAAAGAGAGUACUGUUGAGUUUUAAUGAGCAUAUUUACAGGUAAUCAAAAUGUUCCUGAACGAAAUAUAAUUUAUCACACAGUACUAAUGUUUGUAGAAGUGAUGACUUCACAUAUACUGUACUUGAUGCCUCAUGACUGGACCCCUCAAAAAGUAUUUGUGUCUAGUCCUGUGAAGUAGGUGGAAUAGAGCAACUGUGGUGUAUGGCAUGGCUCAGUUCAAGGACUAGGGGCAUCAUGAAUUUGUUUUGCAAGGUCGGUCAGUCAGUUAGGGUUUUAACUUGACGGUUUUACAUCCCUAGAGAAGUGUUUUGAAAGAAACCUUGGUUUAGCGAUAUUAUGGAACAAAUUUGUUUUGACCUGGGCCAUUAAGUGUUAAUUGUGCUGCAUCUCCAUAACAACAAAUGCACAUUUUCAUCUACCAUAUUGCACUGGAAAGAGAUUUCCACUCUUAUAACUUAUGGUAGAUAAACUUUUCUCUCUGUUCUUGCUUCGGCAUCUUGAAUGUUAUUUAAAUACAGUACAGUACUAAUUAUGUGUUUUGUAGUGAAGUGUUAUUUAGUAAUACAGACAACCCAAUCUCUUUAUUUACAACUGAUAAUAUUCACACAGUAUAUUUAGUCUUUGAAUUUAACAAAUUAAUUUUACCUUGAAAAGUUUAUACUGUACAUAUAUAGAAAAAUGUAUUUAAGCAAGCCAGGUCAGGAAAGCCUGGUAAUAUGGGAAAUAAGAAAGGUGCCAAGUCUAAGGCAUGGAACAAAGUUAUCAGAUCAGCAGUGUGACUAUAUUAAAAAAAAAAAGUGAGCCUUGAGGUGGGUUGUUAUUAGGAAAGUCUUGUUUAAUUAGUUGAUGGAAAUGGUUACUUGAGCUUAUAUGCUUUAUAAGACUAGUUCUUGAAGAGCAGGCUGUUACUUGUUUCUUAAUACAAUAUACUGGUUUGUGUAAUUUGUCCCUAAAUCUUAUAACCUAGCUUUCUUUUUAUCAUUCUUGGAAUGAAUCAAGGGGUACUAGACAUUAAAAAUGAAAUGAUCCUAUUAUAAAAUUCUUUCUCCACUUUGGUUUCUCUCACAUUUCACAGGUCUGUAUUAUGUAUGGCAUAUUUAAUAUGGGUACGAAUAUGAAGUCUUGAAUAUAUUGGCCAUUGGAAAUUUUGUUAAUAUUGUCAAGCAUAUUAGUUAAUAUCAAUUUAAACAUUUAACUUAUAUAACUGUGCUCAAGGAAAGUAUGUUUGAGAAGAGUUUAUGGAAUAUAUUGUGACACUGUCGGGAAACUGUGUUUUUGAACAUAUUGUUGAUGAUGGUCUUAAAUGUACAUUAAUGUGUUGAUUUUAAAUAUUGUAUACAAGAAAACUCUUGUGCAGAUAUUUAUAAUACAAAUUUUUUGUCUAU